UGACUUUAUUAAUGUGUGCGGCUUUUGGACAUUUUGUGGUGUCUGGAAAGACUUGGGAUUUGGCGAGGGUUUUUUUGUGUAACACUUCCGGUAAGGCAUUUCCGGUUGUUAUCCGUUAUCGGCUCGCUAGCUCGUAUCCAGCAGGUUAUUCGAAGAAACUGCCCCUUUAACGUCUCGUACCGCGGACAAUUAUGAACUCGCGGAAGACUGGAAUCAUUUGUUCGGUCAGGGGUUGCCAUAAUAACUGGUACAAGCGAAAGCGUUUCUUAGAGCAAGUGUGUUUCGACCAUAAACCGCGCACGAGGGCUGAAUGUGGGUGUGAGGCGCCGUACAAUCUCCACCCGCCUCCGUGUAAUGAACGGGCUCGACAGCUUUGGCUAAAAGCUCUGAAUCUUGAGAAAGCACCGAAGCGACCGUACGUUUGCUCUUUUCAUUUUGUGGACAGAAGACCUACGAAGGAGCAUCCGUAUCCAGAGAAGUGGCUGGGCUACGAUGCUCCACCAGACUCUCCGACGCAGUGUGCUGAUAAGAAAAUAUCAACAGGUAACGAUGAGACUCCCAGGAGCGCCGAUUUUGUGGCAUCUUCGUCUGCACACACUUCAGCUGAACAGCCUCAAAGAAACACAGACAACCCACAAAAGAGUUGUGAGCUAACUCUGGCACUUAAAAGAAAGAGGACCUGUGAUGAAGAUGAGACUCCUACCCUGAGCACUGAAGAGAGCAAUGCCACAUCCCUGGAACAGGAGCAGAGCGCUGAACACAUCUACAUGGCUAAUCUACACUCUCUCCAAACAAUCACACCUUGUACCAGCAAAGUGUGCCAAGCUACAGUGAAAACACUAACCGCCGAAUGUGCAGCACUCAGGGCAGAGAUCACUCGGCUCAAAGAGAAAGUCCACAGCCUCUCAUUCACACAAGAGACUUUCAGGAAUAACGAUGAACUGGUGCAGGAACUCACCGGUCUGGCAUCUUACACAAAAUUCAUGAUCGUCUUCUCUUUAGUCUCAAAGUUCCUCAAAGCCGGUUCAGGCUUGACAAAUUUCCAGUGUUUUUUAAUAACUGUAAUGCGCAUGAGAUUGAAUUUACCGGUAGGUUUUUUUUCCCACGUGUUCGGGGUGUCGCAGUCGACCGUCGCCGAAGUCUUUAACGCCACUUUGGGUGUGAUGUACGAAAGACUUUCGUUCAGAUUAAUCGUUUGGCCGGGCAAAGAACAAAUUCGGAUUAAUCUGCCGAAGUGUUUUAGAGCUACGUUUAACGAUUGCACCUCCAUUAUUAAUCGUUUGGAAAUGUUUAUAGAGAAACCAAAAAGCAUGACAGCCAACGAUCAGUGGUUCUCUCAGUACAGGAAUCACGACACGGUUAAAUAUUUAAUAUCCAUCACACCACAGGGGGUGGUAUCAUUCGUAUCAAAGGGCUUGGGAGGGCUGACAAGUGACAAGUCCUUAACUGAAAGAUGUGGCUAUCUGGACAAACUGUCACCUGGAGAUGUAAUACUAACUGGAAAGGGUUUUAAUAUUAAAGACGUUGUGGGUUUGCACCCUUCUGAUUUGAACAUACAAGCAUUCAUUAAAACUGAUCAGCAACUACAGCCACUUAAGCUGGACGAAACAAGCGGACUUGUUGCCGUCCAGAGCCACGUGGAGAGGGUCAUUAACCUGAUCAGGAACAAGUACAUGAUUUUGCAAAGCACUGUUCCAGUUUCUCUGUGCAACACAACAGAUGAAGGACAGACCAGCACUCUCGAUAAAAUGGUCACAGUUUGUUGUGCUUUGUGCAAUAUUUCUCCUUCUGUAGUUCCUACAGAUUAAACAGCUUGGGUACAAUUUCACUAAUGAAAUUCUCUGUAUAUUUCAGGUCUGUAUAUAAUAAUGUGUUUGUGUCUUUAAUACAGAAACCAUUACAACUUUUUUAUGUUAAUGUUUUAACAUUAAAACAUGCUUUAAGGCUGUUUUGUGGAGCAUCAGAUCUAUUUAUUGGUCUUAACUAGUAGUCAUAAUGUACUUGUUACCUAAACUAUGGCCAGAAUAAUAACUAGUAAAGCAAGUUUAAUCGUUGUGCAAGUUCUUGGUGUUUGUUGCUUUCUAGAAGUUUCUGUGAAAGGAAAGGUAAAGGGAUGGAUAGCAUGUUUUCCUCACACUUACUUUCUGUGUGUCCCCUGCUUUGUGCCCCAACUCCCCCGGGAUAGACUCCAGGUUUCCCAGGACCUUGUGUAGGAUAUGCCGCUGCAGGAAAUAAGCAGCAUUUGAUCUGAAAGUUGAUGUGUUGUGCUGGUUGAAUGUUAAAAUAAAGAUUGAUGCUGAAUUGCUGGAAAUGA